UCCUCCCACAGGCUUGAGGUUCAUCGAUCACAUUGUGGGAAACCAACCAGACGAUGAAAUGGUGCCAGUGUCAGACUGGUAUCAGAAGUGUCUGAUGUUCCACCGGUUCUGGUCAAUAGAUGACAAGCAGAUCCACACACAGUACAGCGCGCUGAGGUCCAUUGUGGUGACAAACUAUGAAGAGACCAUAAAGAUGCCCAUCAAUGAACCUGCCAUGGGGAAAAAGAAGUCACAAAUCCAGGAAUACGUGGAUUAUAACGGGGGGCCAGGAGUUCAGCACAUCGCCCUCAACACGUCAAACAUUAUUGAAUCUAUUAAAAACCUGCGAGAACGAGGGAUGGAGUUCCUUUCUGCCCCAGACUCAUAUUACGACUCCCUGAAGGAGAAACUCAAGACGGCCAAAAUCACAGUGAAGGAAGACCUGAAGCGCCUGCAAGAGCUGAAGAUCUUAGUUGAUUUUGACGACGAGGGAUACCUGCUCCAAAUCUUCACCAAGCCUGUGCAGGACAGACCAACUCUGUUCUUGGAGGUCAUUCAGAGGAACAACCACUUCGGCUUCGGGGCAGGAAACUUCAAGUCUCUCUUUGAGGCCAUUGAGCUCGACCAAGACGCCAGGGGCAACCUGACCGUGCUGACACCCGAGGGCCAGGCCAAGUCCUUCCACUGAUCCUUCCGAGGCUGCAGGCUAACCCUCCACAUCUGGAGCACAUCAAACACACACAAGUGUUGGAAGUCUCUGAGCUGCUUAUCUCACCCCACUUGUUUUAAGUUCUCAAUAAAUUGUACUUGGUGUGGCUACGUCAA